AUGACAGACACCAUUCGAUUUCCAUCGGGUUUCCUGAAGGCAGCAGAUGUCAAUCCUUCUACGCUCGAGCAUUUUUGCAAUUUUCAUGCUGCGGCCAUACCAUAUCUAUUACAAAAUAAUCGAAUAUAUAUAGAUGCAACAUGUAUCUGUCUAUCAAUCCAACGUAUAGUCCUCAUCGCCGGUGCCUAUGACCACCAAUUUACCCAUCCCACCAUCCGUCACUUCAUCCCGGCCGCCACCAAUCCAACUUCACGACAUCGUUCACUACAGAUAAGCCUCGUAGCUACACCAUCCUUGCCGACCCUAAAAACUAUUAGAAAUAAAUGCAGAAAGACAGAGAAGAAAUUUACGCUCUGCUUGAAAAUUAGAGAAAAAAUAAGUCAAUUUGAUGAUGCUGGAAAAUUGAUAUUUAGAGAUUCUUAUUAG